UGUAGCUCAGUCUCCGGCCUCCUUCCUCCACACCUUCCCCCCCCUCAGCCCCUCCCACCGGGCCUUCCUCCUCCCCAGCCCUGCCUCCUCUUCCUCCUCCUCUUCCUCCUCCUACAGCCCUCUCCACGGCGCCCCGGAGCCCGACUCCCCGACAGGAUAUAGUUCCAGCGGCGGAAGCGUCCGAGGCUGCGCCGCGGUGCCGGAGGCUUCGGUGCGCUUUUCUGUCUCGCAGGCGGACUCGUAUUCAGCGCAGGUGGACUCCAUCCUGAGGGGCGACUACCUGACACCCAUGGGUGCCGUGGGGCCGAAGAGGCUGUGCCUGGUGUGUGGGGACUAUGCCUCGGGGUAUCACUACGGCGUGGCGUCCUGCGAGGCCUGCAAGGCUUUCUUCAAGAGGACCAUCCAAGGCAACAUCGAGUACAGCUGUCCUCUGAACAACGACUGUGAGAUCACCAAACGGAGGAGGAAAGCCUGUCAGGCCUGCCGCUUCCAGAAAUGUCUCCAGGCUGGGAUGAUGAGGGAGGGCGUCCGUAUGGACCGAGUGAGAGGAGGACGGAAGAAGUACAAGAGGCGCUCGGAGGCGGGACUGAGCUCACUCGGCCACGCUGUCGGCAGCAGAAACAAGGUGAUCUCCCAUUUGCUGCUGACAGAGCCCGCCCCUCUGGAGGCCAAUCAGGACGAGUCGACGGAUGACGGCAGCCUGCGGACCGUGCUGACCCUCUGUGACCUGCUGAACCGAGAGCUGCUGCUUCUGAUUGGCUGGGCCAAACAGAUCCCAGGAUUCUCCAGCCUCUCAUUGGUGGACCAGAUGUCGCUGCUGCAGAGCGGUUGGAUGGAGGCGCUGCUGGUGGGCGUGGCCUGGCGCUCACAGGGCUCGGCCGGGGAGGAGCUUGUGUUCGCCGACAACCUGCGUCUGGACGCGGCUCAGUGUCGAGCCGCGGGAUUGGCCGAGCUGUACGAGGCGCUGCGACACCUGGCGGCCAAAUAUCAGGCGAUGGAGCUGAGCCCCGAGGAGGUGGUGACGCUGAAGGCCAUGGCGCUCGCCAACUCUGAUGCCGAGCCGGUGGACUGUCCGGACUCGGUGCAGCGGUUCCAGGACUGGCUCCACGAGGCCCUGCAGGACUACGAGUCGUCCCGCAGGGAGCAGCACCGGGCGGGCCGGCUGCUGAUGAGCCUCCCCCUGCUGCGGCAGGCGGCCGGCCGAGCCGUGCAGGCCUUCCUGCGGCUGCACCGCCACCGCUCCGUCCCGCUGCACAAACUGCUGCUGGAGAUGCUGGACGCCAAGGCCUGAACACUCU